GCCCGCGGACGUAUCGUGUGCCGAGUCGGCCCUUCGGUACGGGACGUUCGUGGUCCUUGUGGCGUUCUCCAUGACUGCGACGUUACUGGCGACGCCCGCCUUACUGUUACAUGUCGUCGGGAGCGCCGGCUGCGGCGACCGGUGCUUCUCACUCGAGGAUGAGCUACUCGCCUCCAUCGACCACAGCGUGCACCCGUGCGACGACUUCUACCGGCACGUUUGCGGCGGCUGGGAAUCUGUGGGCGAGCGUCGCCAUGACGUGCCGGUGCACAAGUACCGGCGCUACGCCGACCGCCAAGUGAUCAGCACGCUGCUCGGCCGCACGAUUCCCCGGAGCCCCAAGAGCGCACUCGACAAAGCGGCCGUGUUUCUGCUGCACUGCUUGGGACAGGGCUUGCACGAAGGAACCUCAGACAUGAAGGACUUCCUUCGGCAGCUCGACCUGACGUGGCCGAACCCUUCGCCCGCGAGUCGCGCUGACCUGCUGCGCUCCAUGACUAAGUCAUCGCUGGGCCUCGGGUUGCCGUUGCUCUGGGGUUUCCAAGUGGGCCGGGACCCGGUGCUGCCGACCCGCCGCAACACCCUGUACGUGAUGUUCGACAAGCGCGUGCUCAGCUGGAUAAGCGACGUGCAGAGACUGGCCAAGCGUCGCACGUAUCGCCUCUACCUGCGACGUUGUGCCGAGAUGAUCGGUGGCGUCGGCCAGUCGUACGCGCUCAUGAUAGCCGACGUCGCCGCAACCCACAAACAGCUCAGCAAACAGGUCCAGCGUCUGUGGGACGAGUUUUCGCCACCGGCGUACCAGGCGCUGAACGACAGCGACCUGCGGCUGGCCUUAAACAGCGAGCUGCCGGACGAUUCGCAGCUGUGGUACGACGACGCCGUGGUCAACCUGCAACCGCUCCUGUACAGAGAGUUCGAGCGCGAGCAGCUAUGGGCGGACGACAUCAGCCGCAAGAGAUUAAAGCUCUGGCUGGGCGCCUACGCCGUGUGGAUGGCGGCACCGUUCGCCUCCAGGUUCCUCUUCUUUUCGCUGCUCGACGACAUCGGGAAAGGACGUGGCGCGAGGGUGCCGUACGUGGUCAGAGCAUGCGUCAAAUCCGUCGACUACGUGCUGCCCCUAGUGGUGUGGAAGAUACAGACGGACACUGUGCCGGACUUGACGCCCGCGUGGAUGGCGCUGGACUCGGUGCGCAGGUCGAUGCGCGCCCUGGUGGCUGCGUACGCACCCGACAUCGCGUCCCGCGUCAUUUCCGCCACGCGCUUCAUGUCGGUGAACGCUCUCAACAUGAGCGCCAGCUGGCGGGUGUUGGACGCGAUAUACUCGUUUCUGCCGGUGGAGGCGGAGGGCAGCUACUUCCGCGUACUCCUCCGUGCCACUACGAGCUCGGUGCGCUUCUUCGUGCGCUCUCUGCACCGACCCAAGAGCAACGUGUACCACGUGGCUGGAAUAGCGCCGGUACGCACCUACCGACUGCUGGUGGCGCGCGAGCUGGUGAUCAAGGACUUCCUUCUGCGGCCGCCGCUCACAGAGGAACGGCAUCCACCCAGCGUCCUAGCCGCCGUCUUGGGUACACCGAUGGCGCAGCAGAUGUUCGCGCUGCUCGACAUACUGUUCUUCCACAACGAGCGUUUCGAGGAACUGACGCGGGCGGACCUGGGUCCCGAGCUGAUAGGCAUCGAGGCCGAGCUCCAACGAUACGGUUCGCUGUUGGCCUCCAGGGCCAGUGGGCUGGGGAUACUGCGCUUGAGCGAAGUCCGGCUCCUGACCACGCUCAGCCUGGGGGCCACAGCUGCCAGUCACGCGGCGUCCGCCCUCGAAGCGGCCAGGUCGCGAGGAUCGUGGCUGGGAGUGAGAGAAGACGGAGGCAACGUCACGUUCGGAGGCAUCCCUCGCGACAAGCUCUUCUUCCUCGCGAACUGCUUCCCGUCGUGCGGUCUGUCUGGCAGGGCGCUCAUUACGCAGAUAGCAUUCUGCAACGUCGCUCUGCCGUCAUCGGUGGCGUUCAGGCGUGCGUUUCAAUGUACCCCUACUCACCGCCUAUGGACCAAUUUCACGUGGAGGGAAUUUUGAUGAGAACGAAUUCUGCCCAUCACCUAUUACACCCAACUGGUGUCCCAUUAUCAGGAAACGUCUUCAUUGAGUUGUACUUCACGUCGUUUUA